UGCCUGGAGCCGCAGAUCCAUCGGUGCUCGAUCUGAAUGCGUAUCAAGACUGGCCAGCGAGCGAGCCCGCCAAACCGCACGCAUUUGUUAAGAGCACAUUCAGUAAAGCUGUACAAUGCCGGAUCUGUCGAGAUCCUGUCAAGAAGCACGCAGUCCUGUGCGAAGAGUGUGGCCUCAUUUGCCACGCCAGCUGUGCUCGUCAUGCACCCCACGCUUGCAACCUUCGAGCACAGCUGCUGAUGUUUGCUGGACGCGAUUCGCAAGAUUUGGCCCGAGGCAUCUCGCCUGCA